AUGGAGCAUAUUAAGCAGACCUUUGCCAAGUGCAAGGAGCAGAAGCGAGCAGCCCUGGUGGCCUACAUUACCGCUGGUUACCCGACUGUUGGAGAGGCUGUUGAUAUUCUGCUGGGUCUCGAGAAUGGUGGUGCGGAUAUCAUUGAGCUCGGUAUUCCCUUCACCGAUCCUAUUGCCGACGGUCCCACUAUCCAAAAGGCCAACACCAAGGCCCUCGAGAAUGGCGUUACUGUCACAUCCGUGCUGGAGAUGGUCCGCACUGCCCGUCGUCGUGGUCUGAAGACCCCCAUUAUGCUCAUGGGCUACUACAACCCCGUUCUGCGUUACGGUGACGAGCGCAUGCUUAAGGACUGCAAGGAGGCCGGUGUUAAUGGUUUCAUUAUGGUUGACCUGCCCCCCGAGGAGGCCGUUCGCUUCCGUGAUCUUUGCUCCAGCAAUGGACUGUCGUACGUUCCUCUCAUCGCCCCUGCCACCUCCGACUCCCGCAUGAAGCUCCUCUGCAAGAUCGCCGAUUCCUUCAUCUACGUUGUUUCCCGCAUGGGUGUUACUGGUGCCACCGGCAAGCUCAGCGCCAACGUCCCCGAACUCCUCGCCCGUGUCCACGAAUACUCCGGCAAUGUCCCCGCCGCCCUUGGUUUCGGUGUCAGCACCCGUGAGCACUUCCUCUCCGUCCAGGAGGCUGCUGAGGGCUGUGUUAUUGGUAGCCAGAUCAUCACCGUUGUUGGCCAGGCUCCUGCUGGUCAGGCCGCCAAGGCCGCUGAAGAGUACCUUUCCAGCGUCACCGGCCGCCGCCUGGAGCGUGACGAGCAGGGUGUUCUGACCCGCGAGGUCAAGGUGCUUGAGGCCAUUGAGAAGGCUCUUCCCUCUGGCGAGACCCAGGCCACCAAGGUCAUCACUGAGGCUGAUACACCCUCCGGCCCUGGUCUUGGUGACCAGCUGGAGGCUCUGAACGUGACCAAGGACCCCUCUGCCCAGCCGUCCCGCUUCGGUGAAUUCGGUGGUCAGUACGUCCCCGAGUCUCUGAUGGACUGCUUGGCCGAGCUCGAGCGCGGCUUCGACCAGGCCCGUAACGACCCCAAGUUCUGGGAAGAGUUCCGCUCUUACUACCCCUACAUGGGCCGACCUAGCAGUCUCCAUCUGGCUCAGCGCCUGACCGAGCACGUCGGUGGUGCUAACAUCUGGCUCAAGCGUGAGGAUUUGAACCACACUGGUAGCCACAAGAUCAAUAACGCUCUUGGUCAGAUCCUUAUCGCACGUCGUCUGGGCAAGACCCGUAUCAUUGCCGAGACUGGUGCUGGCCAGCACGGUGUUGCGACUGCCACCGUCUGUGCCAAGUUCGGCAUGAAGUGCACUGUCUACAUGGGUGCUGAGGAUGUGCGUCGCCAGGCUCUUAACGUCUUUCGUAUGAAGCUUCUGGGUGCCUCGGUUGUCGCGGUUGACGCCGGUAGCCGUACUCUACGUGACGCCGUUAACGAGGCUCUUCGUGCCUGGGUCGUGGAGCUCGACACCACCCACUACAUUAUCGGCUCUGCCAUCGGCCCCCACCCCUUCCCUACCAUCGUCCGUACCUUCCAGUCCGUCAUUGGUGACGAGACUAAGGAGCAGAUGCGCGCUGAGAUUGGCAAGCUCCCCGAUGCUGUUGUUGCUUGCGUUGGUGGUGGCAGCAAUGCUGUCGGCAUGUUCUACCCCUUCUCCAACGACCCAAGCGUGAGGUUGGUCGGUGUUGAGGCUGGAGGUGAUGGUGUCGAUACCGCUCGUCACUCCGCUACUCUCUCUGGAGGCUCCAAGGGUGUCCUCCACGGUGUCCGUACCUACGUUCUGCAGAACGAGCACGGUCAAAUCUCCGAGACCCACUCCAUCUCCGCCGGUCUUGACUACCCCGGUGUCGGCCCCGAGCUGAGCGCCUGGAAGGAUUCCAACCGCGCAACCUUCAUUGCCGCCGACGAUGCUCAGGCUCUGUCCGGUUUCCGCGCCCUUGCCCAGCACGAGGGUAUCAUUCCCGCCCUCGAGUCUUCCCACGCUGUUUACGGUGUCAUGCAGCUCGCCAAGUCGAUGAAGAAGGGCGAGAACGUCGUCCUCAACCUGAGCGGACGUGGUGACAAGGAUGUCCAGAGCGUUGCUGAUGAGCUGCCUCGCCUGGGCCCUAAGAUCGGCUGGGACCUUCGCUUCUAA